AUGGGCAUUCCGCAUCUCACACGCCAUCUGCUCCCGUACUCAGAGCCAGUCUACGUAGGCGAUACUGAUCGUACUGCAGAAGAUGAGACCAGAUGCCUCAGAAGAGUCGUGAUAGAUGGACCGAGUCUUGUCCAUCAUGUCUUCCACCGAAUACUAUCCUGGAGAGAUGCUGAUCUCAACCCAGUAGAUGCCCAGCCUACACCUAAUGAAACACAAAAACGUCCAGAUCACAUCUAUUUCGAUGGAGCCUUGCCUCUUGAAAAGCGCCAGACGCGGCUUUCGCGCAUGGAGAAAUCAAGGAAGAAAUUGGAAGAUUUCUGCUCAAAUACCAGAGGCGGAUUCCGGGUAUCGAGACCCUUGUUGCAGAAACGCCCAACGGUGCAACUUCAUCAAGUCAUGUGCAGCCAUAAGCCGGUAAAGAGAUAUAUGGGCCUGUCUGAAAAUCCGUUUAUGGUGUCAGCGGUGUUCGAGGAUCUUAAGCACCGAUGGAAUUGGCGCAAGAUCAAAACCACUGUCGAAGGGACCGGUAUUUUUGAGACUCUUGGUGAUGAUGAUGCUGCUGCUGCUGCUCAUGAUGCGGAAUAUCCCUGGGCCGGUAUCACCGAAAUAGUACCCGGCGAGGCAGAUAUAUACUGCGGUUACGCAUCGAGACAUGAGGGCUCGGCUGUUUUAAGCAAUGAUUCUGACCUUCUGGUUCACGACCUAGGACCCAAUGGGUCUGUGGUGUUUUUGGAUACGGUUGAAUUAACCAACUACGACCUGCACAAUCCCCAGAACGGACGUAUUACGGCCAUGGAGCUCCGCCCUACCGUCAUUUCACGGAAGCUUGGUAUCCCGAGCAUUCUAGCACUAGCAUAUGAGCUGAAAAGUGACCAGCAUGUAGGGCUGACUGAGUUAAUACGGCGCUCGAAAGGAAGGGUUGGAGCACUUGCCGAUACAGCAGCGUAUCUUCGCUUCAUGCAAGAGUACGAACCUAUCAAUCUCGAUGUAUUGAUUAAAACACCGGGAACCAGCGAGAGCCUGCAAUCUCUUGAUAUCAGAAUCGCAGAGCUAUUCAUGCAAUACGAACUAGCCGGUUUCCAAUCCGGGGAGGCCCCGCAUAUGUAUCUCUCUAUCUUGCAUGAGGACCAUUCCAGGCGUUGCGCAUGGACUGAAGGGAAAUAUAUACGACGUCUAGGAUAUUCACUUCUGAACGCUUCAUACCCAUCCUCGAAAAGGUACCCGACGGUAGUCGAGUGUGUCCGUCGAGGAAACAGGAUUUGCUUCGACACAAUAACCCUCCACAGCGAAACACAAAUACAGAACGAACUACAAGACCUCCAUGAUCGCCUAUCUCAAAUCGGAGCCCUUUUCAACGAAAACUACACUUCACCUCAAUACUGGAAAAUGGUAUCCCUGAACGAGAUAUAUCACCAAAGAAAAUCAGAUCCCGCCAUCCCCCCAAAUCGUACUGAACUGGAACGAUUCCUCCUUCUCGGCCACACGGGCUCAGAACUACAAUGGAAAGACAUCCAUAUAUUCGCCCAGAUGCAAUCAGUUCUUUACUCUUUGAGAAUAUUAGCGCAACUACUUCACGUUGCUAUGCUUAGAGAUUAUCGGGUCGAUGGCCUCCAAAACAUACAGAGAAUACUCUGUCAUCUUCCACCGCUUCACGAGUUGAUAUCACUUCGUGAAGUACGAUUGGAUGAAUCCAAAGUAAAGGAUUUUGUGCGUGGAUUCUUUGAGCUGCAGGGACAAGCCGAUGAUAACGAAUCGGAUAGUGAGUUAUCGGAGCCGAGGCCGGCUGAGAUCGAAACUCGUGGUGAUAACAACAAACGAGCCGCAGAGGAAUGGACAGAGGUUCGGAGUGUACGGCGAGGACCAAAGGCAGAUCCGCAGAUUAGUUGGAAGAAAUUAUCCAACGGUCGGAAUAUAAACGUAUAUGACGUCCUCGGCAGUUGA